GAAACGAAUUCCACCCCCCAUGGCGCUCUUUUUCGCGGCAGCGCCUGUUUCUCCCUCGUCCUUCCCCUCGCCCGCUCACUCCCUCCGGAGCCGCAGCGAUAAAAAGAAGAAGAAGGAGAAGAAGCAAGCAAGCACUCUAUUUGCAUUCCUCUCUCUCAAAUCCAUCCCAAGAAUGACCUACGAUCCUGGCGUCCUCCAAUGUCAGGGAUGUCUCGACGUCGUCCAGACCUUUGAACUUCUUCACAAUCACUCUGGAGACGGCCUAGUUAAGGACAGAGAAAAGAUAUCAAAGUUAGACAUUGAUCGUGUCGAGGUUGUGCUCAAUGGUUUGUUAAGCAGCAGGGGUCAAGCUAAGCCUGUGGGGGUGUCAAAGGGAUUGGCAAGGAUGCCAAGAAAAACUCCAACCUUAAUGCAUGGUCAAUGCAUGGAUGAAACUGAAGAUGAAGUUGGUGUUGAUGACUAUAUAUCUCUAUGGGUGUUGAUGACUAUAUAUCUCUAUGGGCCGCUAUGAAAUCAGAAGGGAAGCCAAAAUAUCUAAAAAUUUCUUCAAUUUAUGUGAACAUUGAAGCGCCAGUUAAUGAUACAUAUGGGGUGGCAAGCGGGGAACGGCGACCGCCGUUAAAGGCUGGGCUUUGGGCAUGGUCAUCCCGUAAACCUCCCUUGUAUCAAUAUCUUCGGGUCCCAGCCCAUCCGGCGGAGCCCAUUCAAAACAGUGAAAGAGCCGAGCCAAAGCCAUCAGAACAAGUGUCACUCCAAGCGGCGCGCCGGGACACUUCCUCUUUCCCGCACUAAACGGCAGUAUCUUGAAAUCGGCUCCGUGGCUAAUCUCGACCCGGCUCCCGUCGGCUGGCCAGUGCCUCUCCGGUUCGAACCGCUCCACGUCUUCCCAGAUGGCCGGGUUUCGUCCGAGACCGUGCGUAUUGAUGAAGACACGUGUCUUGGCGGGAAUAUGGUAGCCGUUGAUUGUGGUGGCACGCACGGACUCGUGCGGGAUGAGAAAGGGCCCGGCCGGGUGCAUGCGGAAAGUUUCCCGUACGACGCAGCGUAGGUAGUUAAGGUGGGGAAGGUCCGAUUCGGAGACCAUCCGAUUAGGGCCCACGACAAAAUUGAGCUCAUCUUGGAUCUUGCGGAGGACACGUGGAUGCUUGAUCACCUCCGCCAUCGCCCACUCAUUGGUCACAGCAGAUGUGUCUGUGGCAGCAGCUAUCAUAUCCUGAUUUUUUUUUCCCCACAUUAUCUUUAAGCAAUUAAAUAAUAAAAUUUCAGUUUUAAAAA